CGCAGUGUCUCACAGCAACCAUUCAGGGACGGGAAAAAAAAACAAUAAGGGACUAUUUUUACCCUUUCUCUUUUAGUGAGAUGGAAGAGGACAAGAGGAAAAUGUCAGUGAUCUCCGAGGAUGCUCUUAUAGUUUUUAAGGAAGUGCUGUGCCUGUAUUUGCGGUUUUGAUGCUUUAGAUUGCAGGAACGGAACAGAACCAUUAGCCUGUGAUUAGCUGUGGAUAAUAAAAAGCGUUUUUAUUCCCAUCACCAUGAGGCUGUCUGCGGUUCUCCUGAACUCCUCUGCGAAAAUAGAAUACUACUCCAGAUUUUCACCUUCUCCGCUGUCCAUCAAGCAGUUCCUCGAGUUUGGACGGGACAAUGCGUGCGAGAAGACCUCGUACAUGUUCCUGAGGAAAGAGCUCCCAGUGCGACUGGCCAACACCAUGCGCGAGGUCAACCUGCUGCCCGACAAACUGCUGACCCAGCCCUCGGUCAGACUGGUGCAGAAAUGGUACAUGCAGAGCUUUCUGGAGCUGCUGGAGUAUGAAAACAGAAGCUCAGACGACCCGCACGCCCUGAACGACUUCCUGGAGAUUCUCAUCGAGAUCAGGAACAGACACAAUGACGUGGUUCCCACCAUGGCCCAGGGCGUGAUCGAGUACAAGGAGAAGUUCGGCAUCGACCCGUUUUCCAGCUCCAACAUUCAGUACUUCCUGGACCGCUUCUACACCAACCGAAUCUCUUUCCGCAUGCUGAUCAACCAGCAUACUCUCCUGUUUGGUAACGACACAAACCCGGCGCAUCCCAAACACAUCGGCAGCAUCGAUCCCGCGUGUAACGUCGCCGACGUGGUUAACGAUGCCUACGAGAUGGCUAAGAUGCUGUGUGAGCAGUACUACCCCACUGCCCCGGGGCUGAAGAUUAAAGAGUUUAACGCUAAAGCUCCUGACAAGCCCAUCCAGGCCGUGUAUGUGCCGUCUCAUCUGUUCCACAUGCUGUUCGAACUCUUUAAGAAUUCGAUGCGGGCCACGGUGGAACAUAAUGAAGAAAAUAAAGAUGAUCUUCCUUUUAUUAAGGCUAAAGUGACCUUGGGGAAAGAGGAUCUCUCUAUAAAGAUCAGUGACCGGGGUGGAGGCGUCCCUCUGCGGAAGAUUGACAGGCUCUUUAAUUACACCUACUCCACCGCCCCGACCCCAAGCUUAAACUCUAAACGCGUCCCGCUGGCUGGGUUCGGUCACGGCCUCCCCAUCUCCAGACUCUACGCUCGCUAUUUUCAGGGGGAUUUGCAGCUCUACUCGAUGGAAGGCGUCGGCACGGACGCGGUCAUCUACCUGAAGGCUCUCUCCAGCGAGUCGUUUGAGCGGCUGCCGGUGUUUAACAAGUCGGCCUGGCGCCACUAUCAGGGAGGUCCGGGGGCGGACGACUGGAGCAACCCGAGCAAAGAGCCGCGGGACACCUCCAAGUACAAAGCGAAGAGAUAAAUCCACCACCAGGGGCACCAGACCAGCAGACCACCAGAGCAUUAUCUCACUCCUUCCCUCACACCUCCGAGUGUUCUCUUUUGGUGUAUGUGUGUGUGUGUGUGUGUUUGUGCAUGGGUGGUUGUGUGGGUCAGCAUCCCUCAGCACAUCUGCCUUUUUUUUUCCUUCUUCUAAAACGUCAGUCCCAGCGCCCCCUGGUGGUGAGAGAGAACAGAGUUCAGCAUGCUUCAGCUGUAGUAACGUCACCUCUCUUUACCUUACGAACAGAAGGGGAAAGUAGGGUAGCACAUCUCACACACACACACACACACACACACACAUACCACAUUCCAGUAUCUUAACGGUCAGAUUUACAGAAUUCGAUAUCAGUCAGCUCUCGUAACCUUCACGCCGUAGACGAGCGAGCGAGCGAGAGCGCCGUGACGGAGGGAAGAUAUUUAACGCCUAAGGUUUCAGGAGGAGAUUCUACAGAAAAAUCAGAUCCAAGAAACAUGCACACGAGUUAUACUUCUACAGACUCCAAUAUUGCGUUCUUGAUUUCAAAAUUAUUUAUUAGGUGCACUUUGAAGGGACGUGCAAAUAACUGAGCUUUGACUGCCAUUAAUUAAAGAGAAAAGGUUUCAGGGUAUUACAAAUGGAAAAUAUACAUAAAAAAAAGUGUUUACAUGUUUUUAGCUUUCCCCUUUGUUGUUGUUUUUGUUGUUUUAUGCCACUAACAUCCAUCGAAGUGUACGAAAUAUAAAUUAUUCCAAAACCACUAGCAAUACGCCAGAAUGAACAACUCAGCACUAUAAAGAUCCAAUCUUAAAUUAUUUGUGAAUUGGCAGAAAAGAGAUUUUAAAAUAUUAUGAAUCAUGAUUUGUCCAUUUUAUAAUAUUUUUUAAAAUUAUUUUAUUUAUGGCCUGCUCAUUUUGUCCCCGUUAGCACUGCAGAUCAGAUGCUAGUUAGCAAUCUGCUAAUCUAAUCGCGAUCGAUUUAGUUUAUUGGAAGGAGCUGAUUUUAAAAUUCAUUCCUAUUCCUGACCUGAUUACAUUCUUUAAUGAAGUAAUUUAACAUUAAUAAACUAACGAAUGAAUGAAUUAAAACGUGAUUUUAUUCCUCUGCUUAGCCGAAGCCAGCAUGUAUGUAGCAAAUCAGUCUUAAGAUAGGCGUGUAUGUACACCACAGAGUCGUGGUUUAGUUCCCCUUUCUGAUUAACCUUUCUAACCAGCAUGGUGAUGUCAUGGCGUCAGCCAAUCAUAAUAAAGGGUUUGUAUUAACGCUGUCGUACCGCCGUAAUAGUGAUAGGUUAACGUUUAAGUGUUAACAUUUAAGGAAGGAGUCUCCAGUGUCAGACGAAGUGAGCUGUACAUGUAUUCACCACAGAGGAGUUUACACUUUAUCUUAGCCUUUUUUUUUUUCUUUUAAGUUUCAAGCUGCUGUGACGUGUACUGUAAGUGACGCGUAACUAUAAACAGCUAAACAGUGUAACUUGUCGUUCUUUAGUGAGUAGAAAUCUGCUGACGCAUCGCUGUGGUAUAUGAGGAAUAAAACAUUUACAGGAAUAUGAUCACCUUCAGGAUGGAUCAAGUGUCUCUGCAUUGUUGGUUAUUUUCCUAAAACCCCACAGAAACGUUUCUCAUCAGUGCGCUGGAUCUCCCAGCAUGCUUUUAGACAGAGAUCUAAAUAAUUGACAUGAUCUGCUCAGCCUUUCUUGUGUUAUUGUGUUUUGUAGUGGUUUAUUGUGUCAUGCAGUGUGACCACUUCAAUAAAACCUUGUCUCGAAA